AUGGAUCUGGGGUGGCUCUGUGGGGUCUGGUCAGUGAUCUUGGAUCAGCGUCGCCGUCUUGUUUUCCGGCGAGUGGUGGGCAUUGGAAUCUUGCUCAUGAGCCAUGCUUCCGGCGGCAACUAUCUUGAUGUGUUCGAUAUUUCGUCCGGUGUGUCCGCGCUACGACUGCGAUCGAUGACAAUGACAACAUGA